AUGACCACCGAGCCACCUAAAAAGGGAAAACAUAAGAAAGACAAACCAUGGGAUAAUGACCCUACAGUCGAUAAAUGGAAAAUUGAUGAAUUCAAAGAGACUGAUAACCCUCAUGGUUUGCUUGAAGAAAGCUCCUUCGCUACACUUUUCCCUCAGUACAGGGAAGCUUACAUCCGUGAAGUUUGGCCAUUAGUCCAAAAAGAGCUUUCUAAAUAUCAAGUCAAAGCUGAAUUGGACUUAAUCGAAGGCUCAAUGACUGUGAGGAAUACAAAAAAGACUUGGGAUCCAUAUAUCAUCUUAAAAGCCCGAGACUUGAUCAAACUAUUAGCAAGAUCUGUCCCUUUCCAGCAAGCUGUAAGAAUCCUUCAAGAUGGAGUUUUCUGCGACAUCAUAAAAAUCGGUGGAAUCGUCCGAAAUAAAGAAAGAUUCGUCAAGCGAAGAGCUCGUCUUAUAGGACCCAGCGGAACUACCUUAAAAGCUUUAGAAAUUUUAACUGAAUGCUAUAGCGCUUUCCCGAGGAUGGCGCGGAAUGGCGCCAUCCUCGGGAAAGCCAGGAAGGCAUCCACACGGGAACUGGGAGUUCCACGUGUGGAUGCCAUUUUGACAUGUGGAAGUUUGGAUCCCACAUGUCAAAAUGGCAUCCACACGUGGAACUCCCAGUUCCCGUGUGGAUGCUUAGUUGAAUUUCCCGAGGAUGGCGCCAUUCCGCGCCAUCCUCGGGAAAGCGCUAUAUAUUCUUGUACAAGGAAACACCGUCUCCGUUAUGGGCCCUAUCAAAGGCAUUAAAACAGCCCGCAAAGUGAUCAUAGAAACAAUGCAAAACAUCCAUCCAGUUUAUAACAUAAAAGAACUUAUGAUCAAAAAAGAACUUUCAAAAAACCCAGAACUUGCCACAGAAGACUGAAGCCGAUUUUUACCACAAUUCCAAAAAAGAAACGUCAAAAGAAAACAACAAAAAAAAGAGAAAAAAGAAUACACACCAUUCCCACCUGCCCCACAGCCAAGAAAAGAAGAUCUCUUGAUGGAGAGUGGAGAGUAUUUUUUGACUAAAAAAGAAAAGAAAGAAAAAGAAGAAAAGCAAAAAGUGGAAGAGCAGAUAAGCAAGAAGAGGCAGAGGGAAAAGGAAAGGGAAAAAUCAUAUAUUCCGCCUGAAGAAAAAACACAUAAAAGUCAUGUAAAUGAAGAGCCAAGUAUUGAAGAGUUGAAAGCGAAGUUUUUGAAGAAGAAGCAAAAAAGAGAGGAGUAA